AUGAACACAGACUACUGGCAGCUCUCAGGCGCCUUCGGCCUCUGGGUCCGCGCCUGCAUCCGAAUCCUCCAAUUCGUCUUCGCCAUUGUCACGAUUGGCCUCUAUGCCGCCACGCUCGGCUCCUGGAGCACCCUGCCGACAGAGAACCUCGAGAGAACGCCCUGGAUCUACGCCCUCGUCCCGGCCGUCCUCUCAGCGCUGACAUGCGCCUACCACGUCUUCGCGACAGUUACACACGCCGCCUGGUCUGUAUGGGACUUCGGGCUGGCCGUCCUCUGGGCCGCGCUGUGCGGUCUGUCUUCUUCCAUGGUCGUGGGCGGCGAGAAGAGUAUCAACGUUACGGGCGAUGUCAAGUCGAGACUUGCUGCGGGUGCUUGGAUUGCGGGGAUUAGCAUGCUGCUGUGGCUUCUGAGCUCUGUUCACGGGUGCGCUUUUUGUUGCGCGUCGAGGAAGAUGAAGAGGACGGUGAAGAAGCAGGAAUCGGAAGAGGAUAAGCUUGAAUUGGAUGGUCUUCCAAAUAGUCGAGAAGAGAGUGUCUAG